GAUCAGUCGUACAGUUGUCGGGAUGCAGUUAAAUUCAUUGGUAUCUGCACGCGGCGGCUGGUUCUUUUUUUCCUUCUUAUUUUCUCGCGACGACCGUCUAUAAGGAAAUCUAAUAUACUGCGCGCUACAUCCGAACCGAUCGAAUAUUGCGAACAAAAUUAUGACAAACGAAUUCCGGUCAUAGCCUAGCCCAUAGCCGAAUAAUAUAAACAGCCCAUCCUUUGAUUUACGUGGCGCUAGAGCGUGUCCAAAAACCCUGUGCAAAUAAAUAGAAACGAAUUUUUGAGCUGCCUGCAGUAAUAAGUUAUGCAAUACAGAAGUGCAUUCAUUUAUGCAGAGAGUGUAAUGUGAAUUAAGUGGAGUGGAUAACAAAGUCAAUCAGAGAUCCAAAACUACUAUGGAUAACGUUCCGGACAUUGUGUUCGUGAGUCGUGACUAUCAGGCUCAAACAUUGGCCGCGGACGAAAUCAGUGUUGCCCGCGGAGACCUGGUCGAACUGUUGAGCACAAAAGCAGCAGAAAAAUCAAGAUGCUUUGUGCGAAUGUUCGAUAGUGGGGAUUCCCCCAAGGAAGGCUGGGUGCCAAUUGAAAUACUGGAAUUUAAUCCCAAUAUGAAUAACUCAAAUGGAAAAGAAACCGGCGAUGCGGAGUUUAAAAAGCGAACCAUCCUGAGGGAGCUGGUGGAAACCGAGGAGGAGUUCUCCAGGGAUCUGCUCCAUGUAGUGGAAAAAUACAUUAAAGGCAUUGAUAAACCGGUGGUGCCCAGAUCGGUGAGAGACAACAAGGAUGUCAUAUUCUGCAACUUUCUGCACAUUGCGGAGUUUCAUAAUAAUGUGCUCAAGGAAGGACUCAAGUGCUACAGCAAUCAGCCGAAUAUGGUGGCCAAGACCUUCCUGCGCCUGGAGCGGGACUUUGACAAGCAUGUGGAGUACUGCCAAAACGAGCCACUGGCCCAGGAGUACCUCAGCUCCAACCCUGAGGCAAACAAAUACUUUCAAGAACUUUCAAAACAACUUGGAGACGAUAAAUCUCUUUCGGAACAUCUGAAGCUACCCAUCCAACGGAUAAACGAUUAUCAACUUUUGUUCAAGGACUUCAUUAAAUACUCACUAAGCUUGAAAGAGAAUGUUAAAGACUUGGAGCGGGCCCUAGAGUUAAUGCUUAGUGUGCCGAGUCGAGCAUAUGACAACAGAUUUCUUUCCAGCAUCGAGGGCUGUCGCGGCAACAUCUACAAAUUGGGGCGACUCUUGCUCCACGAGUGGUGCACUUUGAUCGACAAAGACGGCAAGGCGCAUGAGCGCUACUGCUUCCUGUUCAAGUCCAGAAUACUGAUAACCAAGGUUCGCAAAAUAUCCGAGAGCAGAUCCGUGUUUAUCUUGCAGAACAUCGUCAAGCUGCCGCUCUGUAAUAUCGAGCACAGAGCCGAUGAGAAACAGAUUCUCAUAAGCCUGAAGGUCCCCGACGCAAACUCAAUCUUUCCGAUUAAUAUUAAGCCGCACGGCGGAGAGGCUCCCCUCACCUGGUUCAAAGAGAUUUCCUCGCAUGCCAACCAAGACGUUACCCUGCAAGAGCACAACGCAGACGAUCUGAAAGUCGACUCCUCCCAAGUAGCCGCCGAAAGCGAGCUGCUGCUGCACCUGCCUCAGCGCGCAGAGGCUCAUGAUCCCAGUUCUAGUGUUCGUCCCUCCGAUGUGGCCGAGAACUACUUCCUGAGCAAGGAGACCAAAGAGCGUCUGCAGCUCGAGCAGCAGGAACUGCUGAAGCUUGAGCAGGAGGCCAUCGAGCUGUACAAGAAACAGCACGACCGGCAAUACACUUCAAAGACAAUUACCGAAAAGCACACCAAGGCCGAGUCCAUACAUAUUUCUAGUUCGCAGUCGCAGUCUACUUCGUCGGAAGUUCGUACCAAGACUGAAGCCACCAGAGAAGAGUUCAUUUCUAAGGCUGCUCCAGAGAGGUCUACUCCAUCUCCAUCUCCAUCGGUUCCGCCAGUCAAAGAGGUUGCACCACAGCCCAAACCGGAGGCAGCUUUAGUGCCAGAAUCGACUUCAGAUUCCAGGGAAGUCGAGCAAGUGGCUGUCGCCAGUUCAAUUGCAAAGCAAGAAAUACACGAGCACGUAGCUGUAUCUGUAACUGAGAAAACCACCGAGUCAAGUGCAAUCGAAUCGGUUGUUCGGAAAGAAGAGUCUGCCACCGAAACCAGCCAGAUUGAAGAGUUAUUAGCUGGUAAGAGCCCCGAAGAGCUAAAGCCCAAUACUUCACAAUAUUCGAUUCCAAAAAUUCAAGUGUACAAUCCAGUAGAAAACGAAAACGUAAACGAAAACAAAAGCGAUAACACUGUUGUAACUAAGCACAGACCCAUAGAGCUCAAAGAUAUCGUUGGCUACAGCGAAUCCCUGCAGGAUAGCGACACUGCGCCGAGGGGUUCGCAGGGCCGACAGGGAUACACUGCUAAUAUAACCGAUAAUGCUUCAUUAACCAUUUGGAAUAACCGACUUACCAACAUAGCAAACGAUAGGGGCGGCGCUAAUCAAUACCUGCAGCAGACAGGGCCGCCUCCGCCUCCAAUUCCGCCUCAUUUCACGCGAAUGCCCGGCUUCUUCCAACCGCUUCCGCUCAUUUCGUAUGAAACCACCAUCGAGAUACUAAUUGUCAAAGCACGCCCACCCUCACCGCCUCCACCGCCGCCGCCCACCAUCAAGCGCCUCCUAGUCCAUACUGAGAGUCUAGAGCAGAAGACACAGAACUUCUUUGAAGGCAUCUACGACGUGUCCUCGUCGGACACCUCGCUGCGCAAUGCAAAACAGAAAAUUCGAAGCAUUAAGAACACGGUCCUCAAGUCGAAGGACUCCACUAACUAUGCCCAGGACACUGUACAGAAGGCAAAAGCACGCGACUUCUUGCACAUAUUUACCCCUCCCGUUAAGAAAAGACCCAUCUAUGAGAUUAUCGAGGAGCCCGUUAACAUUUUUGAGCUUGAACGCGAUUAUACUGAGUCUCUUGCUGACGAUUUCAGAGAGCCAAGUGCAGAUUUUGAAGCCAGAGGCCAAAGCGUCGGUGGCAUGGAUGAUUAUUAUUCUGGCUACUCAGUGGCUUCCAAACGGCGCUAUGAAACAUCCUCCAGAACGCGGGACUACGACAGAGGUACUUCGUACGACAGCACUGCCGAGAAGCACUAUGGAGUGAGCUCCAGACGCGAUCGUAGCUCCGUUGACAAGGUUGAGGCACGCUCAUCCCUUCUGGCCACAGGCCGCACAGAGAGUCGCGCCGAGAGUCGAGCUGAGAGCCGCGCAUCCUACUCAGUCGCCGAAUCGCGUGCUGGCAUCCGGUCUGCUUCCCGUCAAUUAGAGGAUCGACCCCUGCGCUCUGUCGACAAGCCUGUUGUCGUAAAGAUGCUAAAGAGCGUCCAAGUGGACAUUGGAGAGACAGCGCAUUUUGAGAUCCAGUUCAAGGAUCAGCCCGGACUGGUUACCUGGCUGAAGGAUAACAAGCCCUUGGAAGAUCGUUUGGCUGAUCGAGUGAUUCAGACGAGUGCCCCAAUGAAUUCGUAUCGGUUGGACAUCAAGAACUGCAGUGAGAGCGAUGCAGGAACAUACACCAUACGCGCUCAAUCCGCGUCGGAGACAACAACCCUAUCGGCCCAGCUGGCUGUUGGCCAAGCACCUGGCCAUGAUGAAACUAAAACCAAUGUGGCGCCAGCCUUUUUGGUUAGCCUGAAGGAUGCUGAAAUGAUUGAGAACACUCUCUUCCGUUUCAUGAUCAAAAUCAAAGGCGAUCCCAAGCCCAGGGUCAAGUUCUACAAAGAUCAGGUGGAAAUACUGGAGAUCAACGAUCGCAUUCAAAUUAUCAGAGAUAAGGACUAUUUGGGUUUCUAUGAGCUGGUCAUUGCCGAUGUACAGAAAAGCGAUGCGGGAGCCUACACGUGCAAGGCCUCGAAUAAGUAUGGCGAUGCCAGCUGUGAGGCUGUGGCCACCACAGUGGAGGACAGGAAUCCGUUCGGUGCGCUCAGUGGUCAGAUUCUGCCUGCCGGAGAGAAGCCCGUGUUCGCAUGGAAGCGAAACGGAGAGGAGUUCGAUCCCGAGGAACGCUUCAAAGUGCUCUUCGGCGAGGACGAGGACUCGCUGGCGCUGGUCUUCCAGCACGUCAAGCCCGAGGAUGCCGGCAUCUACACGUGUGUGGCGCAGACAUCCACUGGCAAUAUCUCCUGCAGUGCCGAGCUGUCGGUUCAGGGCGCCAUUCAGACGCUGAACAGGGAGCCGGAGAAGCCCACCUUGGUGAUCGAGCACCGCGAGGCCAACACGAGCAUCGGCGGAACGGCCAUCCUGGAGCUGCAGUGCAAGGGCUUCCCCAAGCCAGCCGUCCUCUUCAAGCACGAGGGCGAGGUCAUAGAGGUCGAUGACCGGCACAAGUUCAUGUACGAGGACGAGGAGAGCAUGUCCCUCAUUAUAAAGAACAUCAACACAGCCGAUGCCGGAGAGUACACCAUUGAGGCUGUGAAUGAACUGGGCCAGGAUGAGUCGACCAUUAAUCUGGUUGUGAAAGCUCCACCAAAGAUAAAGAAGAUUAAGGACAUUACUUGCUCGGCGGGCGAGACAAUCAAAAUGGAAAUCGAGGUGGAAGGCUUCCCGCAGCCCGAGGUGAUUGUUACCAACAAUGCGAAGGAUGUGAGCAGCGAGAGCAACGUGAAGAUCUCAUCCAGCUCCAUUGGAAAGAGCUUGGAGAAGGUGGUGGUCGAAAUUUCGGACAUUAAGCUCGCCCAGGCGGGCAACUACUCGAUACGGGCCACCAACGACAUCAGCCAGACGUCCGAGUACUGGAGCUGCACCGUCAAGUCAAAGCCAGUGAUAGUCAAGCACUUCGAGUCCGAGUACAUCCACGGGGAGAAGGAGAGCGUGCAGAUCACAGUCCGGAUAGAUGCCUAUCCCGAGGCGAAGCUCCUUUGGUACCACGACGAAACUGAGAUCAAGCUGAGUGACUCCAAGUACAGCGUAAGCACCGAUGGGAACGCCUACACUCUGAAGAUCAGUGGCGCGACCCGCGUGGAUGCUGGCAAAUAUACGGUCAAGGCCACCAACGAGCACGGCUCGGCGACCAGCUCCACGCAGUUGCUGAUCAAGUGCACGCCGGAGUUCACCAAGAAGCUGAAAAACAUUACCGUGGUGGAAGGCGACUCCAAUGUGGAGCUCGUUGUGGGCAUCGAUGCCUAUCCCAAGCCACACGUCAAGUGGUACAUUGACGGCAUCGAGAUCGAUGAGAAGAGGAACGAUUUCCGUCAUGUGGAGGAGGGAAACGACUUCAAACUGGUUCUCAAUAAGGCGGCCACCAAUAUGCAAGGAACAUACUGCUGCAAAAUAAUGAACGACUAUGGAAAGCUUGAGGACAAUUGCGUUGUGACGGUCAACUGCAAACCCAAGGUGAAGCGGGGUCUCAAGAAUAUAGAGGUGCAGGAGGGUAAAUCCUUUACCUUGGAGGUCGAGGUGUACAGCGAGCCAGAGGCGAAUAUUAAAUGGUUCAAAGAUGGCCACGAAAUCUACGAAGAUGCACGCAUUAAAAUCUCACGCGACUCUCAGCGCAUUGAAAAUUACUACUUGACGCUGAAUCUGGCCAAAACUGAAGACUCGGGUACUUACGAGGUGAAGGCAGCAAACUUCAUUGGCGAGACGACCUCCACCUGCAAGGUCGUUGUUUUGACAAGCGACACAAUGUCUCUGGAACAAACAGUGACUAAAACAAUGAUUGCGACGACUGAACAACCUGAAGAAGGGGCUGUUCCUGAAAUCCUGCACGUGGACGUCUUCCAGACGCACAGUUUUGAGAGUGUUCCACUCAAAUACGAGGUCAUUGCCACGGGCAUACCAAAGCCGGAAGCGAUAUGGUAUCACGAUGGGAAACCAAUUACAUCGGAUAAGCAUACGGCCAUUACCGUGGAUGGGGAUCAUUAUAAGCUGGAGGUGGAGUCCCUAGAUCUGGUGGAUGCUGGAGAGUACAAGGUGGUUGUGCAAAAUAAAUGUGGCGAGAAGUCGCAUCAAGGAGAUCUCUCUCUCUCAGGUGUGGCUGAAUACCGCAAGCCGUUACUCACCAAGGGAUCGGGAUUGAAGGACAUUAAGGUGAACAAGGGCGAUAAGGUUUCGAAGCCUGUCAUAUUCACAGCUGAUCCAGCUCCCGAAAUCGUGUGGCUGAAGGACGGCCAGCCGGUGAAGGAGAGCAAUAACCUCAAGCUGAAGGUGGAAAAGAAAGAACUUGAGCACGGGCUGCAGCAAUAUACCUGCACGCUGAAUAUUUCGGAUGCUGAUAUAAAGGACUCGGGACGGUACGAGCUGAAGGUGAAGAACAAGUACGGAGAGCUGGCCACCAGCGGGUGGGUAGAUGUUCUGGCCAAGCCAGAGAUUUCCGGACUGGUGGACAGCAAGUGCAUGCCCGGCGACACCGUCUGCUUCGAGGCCUUGGUACUCGCCAACCCCAAGCCGAAGGUGUCCUGGACCAGGGGCAAUGAGAACCUCUGCAACAACGAGAACUGUGAGGUGAUCGCUGACGUGGAUGCCGACAAGUACCGACUCGUCUUCCAGGCAGUCUCUCCAAGCGAAUCCUCCAAAUACACCAUUACCGCAGUCAACAGCGAGGGCAGGUCCAGUGUUGACUUCAACUUGUCUGUGCUGGUGGAGAAGCCCACAUUCAUUGUCAAUCCUGAGAGCCAGAGCAUUCAUGACUACCGGCCAGUUUCCACUAAGGUUCUGGUCCAUGGCGUCCCACUGCCAACCCUUGAAUGGCUCAAGGACGAUAAGCCCAUUAACUACGAAGCCAUCAACAAGCCCAACAAGGACAAACUCUACAAGAAGGAGGACACCAAGAAGGGAUCCGAUCAAAUCGAAGGUGUCUUCGAUAUAAAAACAUUCAGGGACAACGAUGCUGGAACGUAUACCUGUGUGGCCACCAAUGAAAUCGGAGUGACAAAAGCAUCCUUCAAGCUGGCUCUGCUCUCGCUGGCGCCAAGCUUUGUCAAGAAGCUGGACAAUGCCCUGGACGUGCUGCAGGGUGAACCCCUCGUUCUGGAGUGCACCGUCGAUGGCAGCCCUCUGCCCACAGUCCAAUGGCUAAAGGACGGCGAAGAAGUGAAGCCCAGCGAUAGUGUAAAGAUCUCCACUAGCCCCGAAGGAUUGGUCAAAUUGGAGAUCAACCACUGCGAACCCAACGACUCGGGCGCCUACAAAUUAAUCAUAUCCAAUCCGCACGGAGAGAAGGUGGCACUCUGUGCUGUGGCUGUUAAACCUGAGGAGAUGGAGCCGAAGUUCAUUAAGCCACUCACGGGCCAAACUGUUGUCGUGGGUGAACCUCUGAAGCUGCUGGCUGAGGUGUUCGGUUUCCCAGCUCCCGAAGUCAAAUGGUACAAGGACGGCAUGUUGCUUCGUCCCAGUCCGGAGGUUAACUUUAUCAACAAUCCCAAUGGCCAAAUCGGACUGAGCAUUGAUGCUGCACAGCCGCAGGAUGCCGGUGUCUAUAAAUGCCUGAUAAUCAACAAGGGCGGUGAGAUGGAGGGCGUUUCCAAGGUGGAGGUUGUGCCCAAGGAGUCCAAGCCGGCAUUUGUGGCCGAGCUGCAGGAUUCAUCAAGCAUCGAAGGUUUCCCCGUCAAAAUGGACAUCAAGGUGGUUGGCAACCCGAAACCGAAACUGCAAUGGUUCCACAACGGACACGAAAUUCUGCCAGACCCCGAGCACAUUGCGAUCGUGGAGAAUCCGGACCACAGCACGAGCCUAAUCAUAGAGAAAACCGUGCCCGGCGACUCCGGAUUAUACGAGGUGAUAGCUCAGAACUGCGAGGGCACCACGGCGUCCAAGGCCAAGCUGUACGUGGCACCCAAAGUGGACGAAACGGCCACCGAAGAAGCGCCCCAGUUUGUGUCCGCACUCAGGGAUGUGAAUGCCGACGAGGGUCAGGAACUCGUGCUGUCUGCGCCGUUCAUUGCAAACCCAAUGCCCGAGGUGAUUUGGACCAAGGAUGGAGUCACUCUCGCUCCCAGCGAGCGUCUGCUGAUGACCUGCGAUGGCAAACACAUCGGACUGAGCAUUAAGCCAGCCGAGGCAGCCGACUCGGGCAACUACACCUGCCUGCUGGCCAAUCCCCUGGGCGAAGACUCCUCCGCCUGCAAUGCGAAUGUCAGGAAGGUGUACAAGCCGCCAGUGUUCACCCAAAAGAUCUCCGAUCAGCAGCAGGUGCUUGGCAACAAUGCCAAGAUCCCUGUGACCGUCUCCGGAGUUCCCUAUCCAGAUCUGGUGUGGUACUUCCAGGACAAGCCCAUUCCCAAGUCGGACAAGUACACCAUCAAGAACGAUGGCGAUCACCACACGCUCAUUGUCAACAACUGCGAAAAGGGUGACCAAGGCGUCUACAAAUGCAUCGCCAGCAACAGGGAGGGCAAGGACAUAACCCAAGGACGUCUCGAUAUUGUCAACGAAAUCAAGAAGCACUCGCGAUCAGAGCCCCCAGUAUUUCUCAAGAAGAUUGGCGACUGUGACAUCUAUGAGGGCAUGAUUGCCAAGUUCACAGCCUGUGCCACGGGCUAUCCAGAGCCAGAGGUCGAGUGGUUUAAAAACGACCAGAGGCUUUUCCCCUCAGAUAGGAUCCUGAUGGACAUCGAGCCGAACGGCCUCCUGCGGCUGACCAUCAAGAAUGUCACCGAGUACGAUGUGGGCCGUUAUUCUUGCCGCAUUUUCAACCCAUACGGAGAUGAUAUUUGCCACGCGGAACUCUUCUACGACUCGCUGGACAGCCAGCAGAAGCCACUGGAGGAUCAAUACACCGAUUUCAAGAAGUACAAAAAGUCCGGAGCUCCGCCACCAUUGUCGGAGGGUCCAAUCAUAUCCCGUAUGACCGAUCGGGGAUUGCUGCUGUCGUGGAACCCAUCGGUGCCACUGACGCCGCGCUAUCCCAUCACAUAUCAGAUCGAAAUGAUGGACCUACCCGAGGGAGACUGGCGUACCCUGAGAACUGGAGUGCGCAGCUGUGCCUGCGACAUCCGCAAUCUGGAGCCAUUCAGAGACUAUAGAUUUAGGAUUCGAGUGGAGAAUAAGUUUGGCGUGAGCGAUCCCAGUCCCUACACUCAGACCUACAGGCAAAAACUGGUGCCAGAGCCACCGAAAAUCUACACCUACCUGCCACCGGGCACGGACUUUAGACCAGAGACUUCGCCGUACUUCCCCAAGGACUUUGAUAUUGAAAGGCCGCCCCAUGACGGAUUAGCCCAGUCCCCCCAAUUCCUACUGCGCGAGAACGACAUUAGCUACGGAGUGAAGGGACACAACACGGAGCUCAUGUGGUUCGUUUAUGGCUAUCCGAAGCCAAAGAUGACCUACUACUUCGAUGACAUGCUCAUCGAGUCGGGUGGCAGAUUCGAUCAAAGCUACACACGAAAUGGACAGGCGACGCUUUUCAUAAACAAAAUGCUGGAUCGCGAUGUGGGCUGGUACGAGGCAGUCGCCACGAAUGAGCACGGUGAGGCGAGGCAGCGGGUGAGAUUGGAAAUUGCCGAGCAUCCGCGGUUCUUGAAGCGACCGGAUGAAACCUUCAUAAUGUCCCGCAAAAACGGAAGAAUCGAGGCCAAGCUGGUGGGCAUUCCCCUGCCAGAGGUUCAUUGGUAUAAGGACUGGAAGCCAGUCGCCGAAUCAUCUCGCAUCAAGAUUAGCUCCUAUGACCCCGACAUCUAUGUGCUCUCAAUACACGAUUCGAUCAUCAAGGAUGGCGGACUAUAUUCGAUUAGUGCCAGGAACAUUGCUGGCUCCAUUAGCACCUCGGUGACAGUGCAUAUUGAGGAGAACGAGGAUCAGUACAUUUACAAGACCUACGGCCGACAUCCGUAUGUGCGAUCCAAGCAGCUGCGCUACCAGGACAAGUACGAUAUUGGGGAUGAGCUUGGACGCGGCACUCAGGGCAUUACCUACCAUGCCGUGGAGCGUGCCACUGGCGAUAACUAUGCGGCGAAAAUUAUGUACGGCCGACCAGAGCUGCGACCCUUCAUGCUGAACGAACUGGAGAUGAUGAACACGUUCAACCACAAGCACUUGAUCCGUCCCUACGAUGCCUACGACACGGACCGCAGCGUGACCCUCAUUAUGGAGCUGGCAGCUGGAGGCGAGCUGGUCAGGGACAAUCUGCUCCGGCGCGACUACUACACAGAGCGAGACAUAGCCAAUUAUGUGAGGCAAACUCUUUGGGGCCUCGAGCACAUGCAUGAAAUCGGAGUGGGCCACAUGGGUCUCACGAUCAAGGAUCUACUCAUUUCGGUGGUCGGCAGUGAUUACAUUAAGGUAUCGGACUUUGGUUUGUCGAGGAAAAUCAACAAGCACAAUCUUUCGACACUGGACUAUGGCAUGCCGGAGUUCGUGUCCCCGGAAGUGGUUAAUAAGGAGGGCGUGAACUACUCGCACGAUAUGUGGACCGUGGGCUUGAUCACCUACGUACUGCUGAGUGGUCGCAAUCCGUUCCUGGGCAUAGAUGAUAGGGAGACCUUGACCAAGAUUCGUGAGGGUCGCUGGGACUUCAAGGACGAGCUAUGGACUCACAUUUCUGAUGAUGGCCGCGACUUUAUCAGCCGUCUGCUGCUCUACAGCCCGGAGGAGCGCAUGGAUGUGAAGACAGCGCUGAAGCAUCCGUGGUUCUUUAUGCUCGAUCGCCAGGCCUCCGAUCACGACUAUCAAAUCCGUACGGAUCGUUUGAGGAGCUACUACGACCACUUCAGGGACUGGUAUGCAAAUGCCUCUUGCAAGAACUACUUCCGCAGGCGUCGUCUGAGCGGCUGCUUCCAACAUCCAUCCAAAAUGGUAUACCCCCCCGGACACGUUUACACCCCCGAGCAGACGCCAGAGCCCCUGCCAGAGCCACGCAAGCGAGCGAAGCGCGAGGAAGUUGUUUCGAAAUACUUGCAUCCCGACUACGAGCUAGGUCUGAUUCAAUCGGAGAGCCACUACCAGUAUGGUCCCGAUACAUAUUUACUGCAACUGCGGGAUGUCAACUUCCCCGUCAGAUUGCGUGAAUACAUGAAGGUGGCCCACAGGCGAUCCCCAUCGUUUGCCCUAAACGAUUCUGUGGAUUGGUCGCUGCCUGUGAUCCGAGAACGACGUCGCUUCACUGACAUUAUGGAUGAGGAAAUCGACGACGAGCGCACGCGCAGUCGCAUCAGCAUGUAUGCGGCCAAUGAUUCCUACUCCAUUAGGCGCCUGCGCACGGAGCUGGGGCCACGUCUGGAUGAGUACACCGAAGCCGAGGCCAUGAUAGAGACGCAGCGCGAGGGCUAUCCGCCCUUCUUCCGGGAGAAGCCCCAGACGAUAGCAAUCACCGAGAACCAGCCCAGUCAUAUCCACUGCUUUGCCGUCGGCGAUCCCAAGCCAUGCGUCCAGUGGUUCAAGAACGACAUGGUCCUGUCCGAGAGCAAGCGCAUCAAAAUCUCAGUCGAUGAGGAUGGUCGCUCCAUUCUGCGAUUCGAGCCAGCCCUCCACUUCGAUGUGGGUGUCUACAAGGUGGUGGCACGGAAUAAGGUCGGUCAAACUGUGGCCAGAUGCCGCAUCGUGGUGGCCACUCUGCCAGAUGCACCAGACUCUCCCGAGAUCUCUGCCAACAGCGGCACGGAGAUUCUCCUCAGAUGGAAACAGCCCCGCGACGAUGGCCACUCCACGGUCCUGUGCUACAGUCUGCAGCACAAGCUGAGCAACUGCGAUGCCUGGACCACGGUGGCCGACAACAUCGACCAUGAAUUCUACCUGCUGCACGAUCUGCAGCCAAACACCAGCUACCAGUUCAGGCUGGCCUCCAAGAAUCGCAUUGGCUGGAGUGAAAUGGGAAUCCCCGUGGCCGCAUCCACCGCGGGCCAUGACGCCCCCAAAAUACACAUCACCAAGGCAAUGAAGCAUUUACAGCAGCUCACCGAGAACGGUCACCAGGUGAUACCCGAAGAGGAGCGCGUGCACACCGACUACCACUGCGAGCGAGAGCCCCCCAAUUGGGUGACCGACUCCUCCGUAAGCGACAAGUACAGUUUCAUCUCGGAGAUAGCGCGCGGGGAGUUCAGCACCAUCGUGAAGGGCAUUCAAAAGUCCACCGACACAGUGGUGGUGGCCAAGAUUCUCGAAGUGACCGAUGAAAACGAGGACUCGGUCGUGGCCGAGUUUGACAACUUUAAGACUUUGCGGCAUGAGCGCAUACCGGCACUAUUCAGUGCCUACAAGCCGCUGAACGUGCCCAUAGCCAUAUUCGUGAUGGAGAAGCUCCAGGGAGCCGAUGUCCUCACCUACUUCAGCAGCCGCCACGAGUACUCCGAGCAAAUGGUGGCCAGCGUUGUCACCCAGCUGCUGGACGCCCUGCAAUACCUGCACUGGCGUGGCUAUUGCCAUCUCAAUAUACAGCCCGACAACGUGGUAAUGGCAUCCGUUCGCUCGAUUCAAGUCAAAUUGGUGGACUUUGGGUCGGCCAAGAAGGUGAACAAGUUGGGCGUCAAGGUGACGCCAUGCGGCUCGCUGGACUUCCAGCCGCCGGAGAUGAUCAACGACGAGCCAAUAUUCCCUCAGAGUGACAUUUGGUCCGUUGGUGCACUGACAUACUUGCUCUUGUCCGGAUGCAGCCCAUUCCGCGGGACCGACGAAUACGAAACGAAGCAGAAUAUUUCCUUUGUGCGCUAUAGAUUCGAGAAUCUGUUCCGGGAAGUUACCCCAGAGGCAACACGAUUUAUUAUGCUCUUGUUCAAGCGUCAUCCUACCAAACGGCCAUACACUGAAGAUUGCUUGGAGCACAGAUGGCUCAUGUCCUCUGACUAUAUGGUUCGAAAACGAGAGCGCGCUAUAUUCUUGGGCAGUCGUCUGAAGUCGUUCUGCGAUGAAUACCAUGACCACAAGAACGCCACAGCUACAUCAUCCAAAGUCCUUAAUACGGUUGCCGGUGGACCUACACCAACUCAACUGCUUCGAUCGAAUAGCAUCCAAGAGGAACUGCUCACAACAUUUUAGUCAAUUAGUUCCGACGUACGCAUAAGAGAAUGUUGUUUUUAUUUCUUGUAUAUAUGGAAUAUAAAAUAAUUAUACAACAUCCGAAAGUUCUAUAUAUAUAAAUA